AUGCUCCUGGCCUUGGCGCUCCUGUGCUGCCUGGCCAGUCCCGGCGGCUGGGGUUGCCUGCAAUGUGACCAGUCGGUGCUGGUUGCUCUCAACCAGCUGCGCGUGGCCAUCAUCCCCAAGCGCUUCCACGUAGAAGGGUUGCAGGCCCGCGCUCAGGCCCUGCUGCUGACCAUGGAGGGGCCUUUCUUCAGGGACUACGCCAUGAACGCCUUCGUAGGGAAAGUGGGCUUGGAUCAGCUGGAGAACCUGGCGAUCUCCUUCAAGAACCAUACCCUGUACAUAAAGGUUAACUCUAUGACAGAUGAUGCUCUGCUGGAAGAGCUGGUGAACCUCAGGGAGCAUGCCAUCAAGGAACUAAAGAAAGCGCUAAAAGCCUAUGAAUCAAAAGCCUGUGACCACAAAAUUUGCCGCAUGCUCAAAGAGGAGGUCCUGGACUGUUUACAUUGCAAGAAAAUCACCCCCAAAUGCAUCCGAGAGAAGUAUUGCUAUGUGGAUGGGCAGCCCCGCAUGACUCUCAGGUUCCAGUCGGACAGCAACCUGAAGAACAUGGUGUUGGUGGGCGACUUGGUGGCAGUGGGACUGGCUAUCCUAACCUUCCUGGUCAUCCUGAUCGCGGCUUGUACAUAUAGACAAAACCGAAAACUCCUGCUGAAGUAG